UACCUUCGAAUGCUCAACUGUUCAACAGAACAAGAGAAGCGGAAGUAGUUUCCAUGCGCAUGGCGCUAUUUGAGAAAUUAUUUAUCUUCUGAGUAAUUGCCGGACUUCUGCCUGACUUGGACUAUAUUUUCUAUUAAAUAUAUUGUACAAUAUUACAGGUUUCUAAAAGAUGGAUGCUGAUCUCUACGAUGAGUUUGGCAACUACAUCGGUCCAGAGCUGGACUCUGAUGACGAUGAUGAUGAUUUGGACGCAGAGGACAGAGAUGCUGACGAGGCUGAUGAAGAUGAUGAGGAUGAGCCAGCGGACGCCGAAGAGGAUGUCCCAGGCAUGGAGGUGGUCCUGCAUGAGGACAAGAAGUACUACCCAACAGCAGAGGAGGUUUAUGGGCCUGAAGUUGAAACCAUUGUCCAGGAGGAAGAUACACAACCUCUAACAGAGCCCAUCAUUAAACCUGUGAGGAACAGGCAAUUCACGUUGAUGGAACAGGAGUUGCCGGCCACCAUCUAUGAUAUGGAAUUCCUUGCAGAUUUGAUGGACGGGCCAGAACUUAUUCGCAACGUGACUCUAUGUGGACACCUUCACCAUGGCAAGACCUGCUUUGUUGACUGCCUGAUUGAACAGACACAUCCGGAAAUCAGAAAGCGAGAUGAUGUGGAUCUCCGGUACACAGACAUCCUCUUUACAGAACAGGAGAGGGGAGUUGGUAUCAAGAGUACUCCUGUCACAAUGGUUCUGCCAGAUUCCAGAGGGAAAUCUUACCUUUUUAACAUCAUGGAUACUCCAGGUCACGUAAACUUCUCAGAUGAGGUCACAUCCAGCAUUCGGAUCUCGGAUGGUGUGGUCUGCUUCAUUGACGCAGCUGAAGGAGUGAUGCUCAACACAGAACGUCUGAUCAAACAUGCUGUUCAGGAGCGUAUGGCCAUCACCAUCUGCAUCAACAAGGUCGACCGGCUCAUCUUGGAGCUCAAGCUACCUCCCACAGAUGCUUAUUACAAACUUCGUCACAUUGUGGAUGAGGUUAAUGGAUUGCUUAGCACAUACUCCACAGAUGAGAACUUAGUGGUGUCUCCCCUCCUAGGAAAUGUCUGCUUUGCCAGCUCUCAGUACAGUAUUUGUUUCACUCUGGGAUCAUUUGCAAAGAUCUACUCCGAUACCUAUGGUGACAUCAACUACAAUGAGUUUGCCAAAAGGCUCUGGGGAGACAUUUAUUUCAACCCAAAAACUCACAAGUUCACAAAGAAAGCUCCCAGCAGUAAUUCUCAGCGCAGCUUUGUUGAGUUUGUCCUGGAGCCUCUUUACAAGAUCCUUUCACAGGUUGUUGGGGAUGUGGACACAUCUCUGCCCCGGGUUUUGGAUGAAUUAGGGAUCCACCUGACCAAAGAAGAACUGAAGCUGAACAUUAAACCGCUUCUGAGGCUCGUUUGCAACCGCUUUUUUGGCGAAUUUACUGGCUUUGUGGACAUGUGUGUACAGCACAUCCCUUCACCACAGGAGGGCGCCAGAACCAAGAUAGAGCACAACUACACAGGAGGCCUAGACUCAGACCUGGGAGAGGCCAUGGCAGAGUGUGACCCUGAGGGCCCUUUGAUGUGCCACACCACUAAGAUGUACAGCACUGAGGACGGGGUUCAGUUCCAUGCGUUUGGCAGGGUGUUGAGUGGCACCAUUCAGGCCGGCCAGCCCGUCAAGGUCUUAGGAGAGAACUACACUCUUGAGGAUGAGGAGGACUCUCAAGUCUGCACAGUGGGCCGACUCUGGAUCUCUGUUGCCAGAUACCAGAUUGAGGUGAAUCGUGUGCCUGCUGGCAACUGGGUCCUUAUCGAGGGUUGUGACCAACCAAUUGUCAAGACGGCCACAAUAACGGAGCCCAGGGGCAAUGAAGAGGCUCAGAUUUUCAGACCACUAAAAUUCAACACGGCAUCAGUUAUUAAGAUUGCAGUGGAACCCGUCAAUCCAUCAGAGCUUCCAAAAAUGUUGGAUGGACUAAGGAAGGUCAACAAGAGCUAUCCCUCUCUUACCACAAAGGUAGAGGAGUCAGGAGAACAUGUAAUCUUGGGGACAGGAGAACUCUACCUGGACUGUGUCAUGCACGACCUGCGCAAGAUGUAUUCUGAGAUCGACAUUAAAGUUGCUGAUCCAGUUGUGACGUUCUGUGAAACAGUUGUGGAGACAUCUUCGCUCAAGUGCUUUGCUGAAACCCCAAACAAAAAGAAUAAGAUCACUAUGAUUGCUGAGCCCUUGGAGAAGGGACUGGCUGAGGACAUAGAGAAUGAAGUGGUGCAGAUCACAUGGAACAGGAAGAAGCUGGGGGAGUUUUUUCAGACAAAGUAUGACUGGGAUCUGCUGGCUGCCAGGUCUAUCUGGGCCUUUGGGCCAGACACAACAGGACCAAACAUUCUCGUAGAUGAUACGUUGCCUUCUGAGGUGGACAAGACGUUGCUCGGCUCAGUCAAGGACAGCAUCGUGCAGGGCUUCCAGUGGGGCACCAGAGAGGGGCCUCUGUGUGAUGAGCCCAUCAGGAACGUCAAAUUUAAAAUCCUGGACGCUGUCAUCGCUCAGGAGCCUCUGCACAGAGGAGGAGGCCAGGUCAUCCCUACAGCCAGGAGAGUGGUGUACUCUGCUUUCCUCAUGGCCACACCGAGGCUGAUGGAGCCCUACUACUUUGUGGAGGUUCAGGCUCCAGCUGAUUGUGUGUCUGCUGUCUAUACAGUGCUGGCUCGAAGGAGAGGUCACGUCACCCAGGAUGCACCUAUUCCGGGGUCACCGCUCUACACCAUUAAGGCUUUUAUCCCAGCCAUUGACUCCUUCGGCUUUGAGACAGAUCUUCGCACACACACACAGGGACAAGCCUUUGCUCUCUCUGUGUUCCACCACUGGCAGAUCGUCCCUGGUGAUCCAUUGGACAAGAGUAUUGUGAUCAGGCCUCUGGAGCCUCAGCCUGCCCCUCAUCUGGCCAGAGAGUUCAUGAUAAAGACCCGAAGGCGAAAGGGUUUGAGCGAAGAUGUGAGUAUCAGCAAGUUCUUCGACGAUCCUAUGUUGUUGGAGCUGGCCAAACAGGACGUGGUGCUUAAUUACCCAAUGUGAGAAUGCAACACAUACUGCAGACCGUAGCGACAGCCAACAACAUCAGCCUCCACUACUCAUUCAAAUCCUACAUGAAAGCUACGGUCAGCUUUCAUGCUUUCAGAUUACGAUGUAGUGGUAAAUCUGACUCUCCAGUACCUCUGCAAAACAGCAGCCAAUAAGAACUGUGACAAGGAGAGAUCACCUGGAUCAGUUUAAUAAAAAGAUAUCGAGGAUAUGACUUGUUUUUACCUUCGUAGAUAAACAUUACAGAUGUUUGUUGCUGAGCUUUUCUUUUUUUGUAUUUUUUUUUAUAUGUACAAAUGAUCAUUGUUUAUGUAGAAUAACACAAUUCGGAAGCUUUUUUAAAAAAGAAAAUGUGAUGUCAUGGAUGUGUAUCAGAAUUAAAGAGAAUUCAUAAAGUUG